AUUGGAUCCAUGUAAGACAAUAGCUAGAAAAAUUAAAGAUGGCUAAUUUCAUCGCAGAUACGAAGAACAAGAUUCAAGAUCUAUUCGUAUACCUUGUUUCUUGUGGAAAAUCUUCUAAAGAACCAGGAAAUGAGCAAGGGCUAGCAAUAGAUGUGCCAGGAAAUGCACAAGACCAUGGACUGGUAAUAAUAGAUAUAUCAGGAAAUGCUGAAGGCCAAGAACCAAUAGUACCAACAAGUAGUGAGCCAGAAAAUUCAAAGGAACAAGAGAAGGAAAAUAAUGAAAUGUUUUAUGGGAAGACUGUAAAGCCUGAUAAUAAAGCUUAUAUUGAUUUUCUAUUGUUCAUAUUACUCUCUCCUUGGACUUGGAUUAGAUUAUUAAUCCAGUUUUUUGUUAAAUAUAUCAAUAAGAGUAAAUGCAAGGUUGUGUAA